CUACGCUCUUCCAGCUGUCGGACCUGGGAAAUUCUCCUGUUCUAAAUCUCGAGGCACUCGCGGGCGUCGCCGCGGUGCAUUCUGGGAGUUGUAGUUUUCUCCACACUGAGGGAGAAUGGCUCCGGACGGGAGCAGAACGCUGAGAGAACUACAUACAGGAGGCGGGGUCCAGGGCGAGGGGAUCUACGCAGCUUGCGGUGGUGAAGGCGGCUUUAGUGGCAGCAUGAAGCGCACCCCGACCGCCGAGGAACGAGAGCGCGAAGCUAAGAAACUGAGGCUUCUUGAAGAGCUUGAAGACACUUGGCUUCCUUAUCUGACUCCCAAAGAUGAUGAAUUCUAUCAGCAGUGGCAGCUGAAAUAUCCUAAACUAAUUCUCCGAGAAGCCAGCAGUGUAUCUGAGGAGCUCCAUAAAGAGGUUCAAGAAGCCUUUCUCACACUGCACAAGCAUGGCUGCUUAUUUCGGGACCUGGUUAGGAUCCAAGGCAAAGAUCUGCUCACUCCGGUAUCUCGCAUCCUCAUUGGUAAUCCAGGCUGUACCUACAAGUACCUGAACACCAGGCUCUUCACAGUCCCCUGGCCAGUGAAAGGGUCUAAUAUAAAAUACCCCGAGGCUGAAAUAGCCGCUGCUUGUGAGACCUUCCUCAAGCUCAAUGACUACCUGCAGAUAGAAACCAUCCAGGCUUUGGAAGAACUUGCUGCCAAAGAGAAGGCUAAUGAGGAUGCUGUGCCAUUGUGUAUGUCUGCAGAUUUCCCCAGGGUUGGGAUGGGGUCAUCCUACGAUGGACAAGAUGAAGUGGACAUUAAGAGCAGAGCAGCAUACAACGUAACUUUGCUGAAUUUCAUGGAUCCUCAGAAAAUGCCAUACCUGAAAGAGGAACCUUAUUUUGGCAUGGGGAAAAUGGCAGUGAGCUGGCAUCAUGAUGAAAAUCUGGUGGACAGGUCAGCGGUGGCAGUGUACAGUUAUAGCUGUGAAGGCCCUGAAGAGGAAAGUGAUGACGACUCUCAUUUCGAAGGCAGAGAUCCUGAUAUUUGGCAUGUUGGUUUUAAGAUCUCGUGGGACAUAGAGACACCUGGUUUGGCGAUACCCCUUCACCAAGGAGACUGCUAUUUCAUGCUUGAUGAUCUCAAUGCCACCCACCAACACUGUGUUUUGGCUGGUUCACAACCUCGGUUUAGUUCCACCCACCGAGUGGCAGAGUGCUCAACAGGAACCUUGGAUUAUAUUUUACAACGCUGUCAGUUGGCUCUGCAAAAUGUCCGUGACGAUGUGGACAAUGGUGAUGUCUCUUUGAAAUCCUUUGAGCCUGCAGUUUUGAAACAAGGAGAAGAAAUUCAUAAUGAGGUCGAGUUUGAGUGGCUGAGGCAGUUUUGGUUUCAAGGCAAUCGAUACAGAAAGUGCACUGACUGGUGGUGUCAACCCAUGGCUCAAUUGGAAGCACUGUGGAAGAAGAUGGAGGGUGUGACAAAUGCUGUGCUUCGUGAAGUUAAAAGAGAGGGGCUCCCCGUGGAACAAAGGAAUGAAAUCUUGACUGCCAUCCUUGCCUCGCUCACUGCACGCCAGAACCUGAGGAGAGAAUGGCAUGCCAGGUGCCAGUCGCGAAUUGCCCGAACUUUACCUGCUGAUCAGAAGCCAGAAUGUCGGCCAUACUGGGAAAAGGAUGACGUUUCGAUGCCUCUGCCGUUUGAUCUCACAGACAUCGUUUCAGAACUCAGAGGUCAGCUUCUGGAAGCAAAACCCUAGAAGGAGCACAAGUGUCAGGCAGAGGAGAAAAAGAGAUCGGCUCUUCUCCUCCAGUGUUGUCAUGGGCUUAAGCAAGGGCAGCGGAGACUUCUCUUGGCCCCUAGAUUGUAGCAUCCGGGUCCCCAUCCAAAACAGCUAGGAAAUGGUGCCCAUGAAUUUUUAAAUGUUUUAAAAUGACCCUGUGCUAUAGUCUGAUAUGGUGUGAAACAGGACCUUCUUCCCCCAAAAUUGUUCAGAUUUUAAAAUGUGAGCCAUUCAGCCCCCAAGGUCCAGGGCAGGCGACAGGAACAAGCCCAGCAUGUGACAAAGCCUAACCUACUUUCCUCUUUCCCAAGCUUUUUCAGAGACUCUGGAGUGGACCCAGCCCUCUGGGGAAAGACAGAACUUAGAGACAUCCCAGUUUCUCACCACACCCAUAACUGCUGUCCAAUAUGGUAGCCCCUAGCUAGCUGUGGCUACUUCAAUUUAAAUUCAGUUUUAAUUUUAAUAUAAAAUGCAGCUCUUCAGUUGCCCUGGCCACAUUUCAAGUGCUUAAUAGCCUCAUGUGACUAGUGACUGCUGUAUGGACGGUACAGAUAUGGAACAUUUUCAUCAUCGAAGAAAGUCCUAUUGGACAACGCUUCUAUAAAAAGUUUGAGAGCAGGAAUUCUCAUUUCCAUUCCUCUGUAGCCUCUAUCCCCAAAGGCAAAGAAACUAAAAGAGAAGUGACUCAUUGAAGACUGGCCUCUUUCCUUUCUCUAAGACGAACCUAAAUAAAAGCCCGAGCUUUGAGUUCUAUGCUCAGCGCACAGGAAGGAGAUGUUAACAAUUAAAAUAAAGUUGAUAUCCUGUCUUUAGGGAGUUUUGCUGAUCUCUUGAAAGAGACACAGCCCUAUUUACAUCAUUCCGCAGAUUUCACCAGCAUAGUAUAAUUUUUUCUGUAAGUCCCUCAUUCUUAUGUAAUAACAAGUGGAACUGAGGUUUGAAGAACCUCAGUGGCCCAUCCUGAUGACAUUGGAGACUCAGAGAGACAAGAGAGAGUAGGGUUUAAAACCUGAGCUUUAAGACUCCCACUAGCUUUGUGUCCUUUGGUAUUAACGUGCCUCAGUUUCCUCAUCUGUAUAAUGGGGAUAUAUGAAAGGCACCACUCCCAAGGUGAACAUUAAGUGAGAUGAUUCUAGUUACAGACUUAGAACAAUUUCCAGCACAUAGUCAAAUAUCCAGGAAAUUCUAGUACUGUUAUGUGCGGGUGAACUGACCUGGAUGUAGAUGCUUUCAUCUCUCUUUCUGACCCCUCCGCCAGUUUUGUCUUGUGAUGCCGUUAACACAUCUCUCCCUUUCCGACCUGGCUCCUGCCCACUGAUGUCCCAAGAAAUCGUGAGAAUAGUUAGCCCCCCUCUCCCCAGCCUGUUGCCCUCUCGUGGAGGUGUUCACAGUAGUUGAGAAGUUGAAGAGCUUUUGCCCGUUGAAGGUGCACUGAGAAUAAACUCUUUCCUGCCACCAGAAUUGCAGCGGUUCACGGCCUGCACUCAUUCCCAUGCAGUUAAUAGACACAGAAAUGUCUUGUUAAGCAAAGUGGCCAGGGUCUCAUCAUGUUGAGACUCGAGUCUCUCAGACCUUGGAUUCAUCCCCUGGUGUCUUUGAGCCUCGGUUUCCGCAUUGGUAAAAGAGAAGUGAAGCACUGUCUCACAGGGUCAUCGCAGAGAUUAAAUGAAUAACGUAGACCAGGAGGGCGUGGCAUUUAAAAGUCACAGAUGGGGCACCCUCGGGCCUUCCAGCCCAGUGUUUUCUUUAGCCCCUAUGAUGUUCAUUUUUUGUUAUAUUCCAUUAGGUGCCAAUAUUUUUAAAAUGGGAGAUUUCACAUAAAAUUAAAAGGUCUGCUUUUUCUUUUUUUUUUUUUUUUUUUUUUUUUUUUUUUUGAGACGGAGUCUUACUCUGUCACCAGGCUGGAGCGCAGUAGCACGAUCUCAGCUCACUGCAACCUCCGCCUCCCAGGUUCAAGUGAUUCUCCUGACUCAGCCUCGCGAGUAACUGGGGCUACAGGCACGUGCCACCAUGCCCAGCUAAUUUUUGUAUUUUUAGUAGAGAUGGGGUUUCACCAUGUCGGCCAGGAUGGUCUCUAUCUCAACCUCGUGAUCCACCCACCUCGGCCUCCCAAAGUGCUGGGAUUACAGGCGUGAACCACCGCACCCAGCCAAGGUCUACAUUUUCUUUAGAACUCAGAACACCCAGUAGUCCUAGGCCCCCAUCCUCGCAUGGCAACAAGCUAAAUAGCAUCUUCCCACUGCGAGUUGGGGCAUGACCCAGCCUAUGGUUUGCUAUACUCCCUCUUUUUCUCCAUUUUAUCAUUAAUUGUGAACCUGACCCGUGUCACCUCUUCAUGUUAGCGCUCUCCAAACCUGCUUGCUUGCACCCCUCUAGUCAAAAUGUUUUGUGCUCACCCCAAUAUAUGUGUGACUAUUGAACUCUAUUUGUAGACUGCUUGUACUAAUGUCAUGUGCAUCAUAAAAUAUUCAUAUCCAAUAAAAAUAUUAAAAGGAUGAGAUAAGAAACCAA